AUGGUUUACUUCUUCAUAACUGAUGUUUUGAAUUCGGAGUUUCUUGACCUCACUGGUCAGGAACCUGCCAUUGUGACAAAGCCAUUGGAUUUCGAAUUUUUUGAUACAUUGAAUAUGUCUUCUUCAACCAAGGGUGAUAGGAAGACUGCAAUUGAUGUGGCAUCGUGGAUGUUCAAUAUAGUGACAUCUGUGGGGAUAAUCCUUGUGAAUAAAGCUCUCAUGGCUACAUAUGGUUUCAGCUUUGGUAGAGUUUCUAGACCUUUCUCCAAUCUGAGAUAA